ACCCCUCGCCCGAGUCUAGCGCACAGUGGAGCGAGGAUAGUGACGCUCGGCGCCCGCGCACAAAACGCACACACGUAUCAGGCGGAUUAGUUCUCGCAACUCGCGCUCUUAGGAAUGGACAAAUGACAAUCAUAACUUAAAAUAAGCUUGAAAAUUAUGUUUUUAUUUAGAUGAUCAGAGAGCAAAGCAUUUGAAGUGCGUGGACUCAGUGAAGACAAUAUGUGUGAUAAAAUGAAGUUACUGUUCGUCUGUUUGGUGGCGCUCGCGCACCAAACUGCUUCCGAAGAUGUGAUCUACUCAUUAACUAAGGAGGAGUACUCGCGCAUGCCUCCCGCCAACCACCUGGACCACUUCGACCACUGCGUGCAGCAGCCGAGAGGCACCUUCUGCACCGCGCACGCCGACCUGGUCUCCGACGGGCCCAGCGAACUGCUCCACAUGAUCAAGGCUUACUCGGCGCACGUCACCACGCACUACAACUACACGAAGCUGAAGUAUGGACUGUGCCUGACCCAGACCUGCCGCCAGUUCUACAACGGCAGCGAGAGCGAAGACGACCUCAGAGUGGCCACGGAGGCCUGCCUUAACCACACCCUGGCUGCCGAGUAUAAUCUUAAGGCUAGGGUCACGGAGCUGAACUGCUACUUCGAGCACAAGAGCAAGUACUCGGUGGACUGGCUGGACCGGCUGGUGGUGCUGCUGCUGCUGGCCAUCGUGGCGGCCAACGUGCUGGGCACCGUCUACGACUCAAGUAGGGACGAGACGAAGCCAGGAAACCCUAUGUUGCUGGCGUUCUCAAUCCCCGGGAACUGGAAGCAGCUGAUGUCGGACGGCCCCUCGGACCCCCACGUGGAGCUGUUAAAACCUCUGCAUGGAAUCAGGUAUACAUCAGGAUAA